AUCAAUUGCUUUCCAAGGUUAUCUCCGUUUCCAGGCUUCCGCAGCAACAUCUGAAGGACUGUUGUUCAUUUACCUUUCUUUAAAUUCUACAUUAGCAAAAUGUAGCAAUGGAUCACCUCAAAUUAACCCCGAGCAAUUCAAAAGCUCGCGACCCUCCUCGUCUAUUCCUCCAUCCCUCUCCGGCAGCCUCCCAUGUAUCGCUUUCAGGAAUGGUAGCUGCUAGCCCAGCAGUUCCGCCCGCAGCUGCAUCGGUAUCGAACGCGCUGGAAGAUGCAAGCGGCGCGUCCACACAACAAUCGCAACCCCCUGCUUCUCUCGCGCGAACCGGCUCGUUACUCAAUACCCGAAACCGCACUGGCAUCAGUCGACUUCAAACCGCAGAUUCCGCCCGAACCGCCGAUAGAACCGACGCGUUAUGGGCUGAGAUGCAGGCGACCUUAGAAGAAGUAGAACUGUCGGCGAGUGGAGGUACGCAUGUUUUUGGACCAGAGCACGAUCGUAAGCUUGCUGAGUUGCGCGCCGCUCAGAUAAAAUUAGCACAAGCUUGGGCACGAGGUGAGGCCGAAGAUUCGAUCGAUACAUCAGCCACAAAACAAGAGAUGCCAAACCUAAAGGGAACUUUGGGCGAUAUAGGUAUCUCUGUCGCCUCGGGAACUGGUCUUGGUCCUACAAUGUCUGCAAGCGCUGGAAGAGCAGCUGUCGAAGGUACUGAAGGGGGUAAGAGCACAGUCGGCACCGGCAGCGCACGACCAGGCAGCAGUGGAACAGGGCGCGAACGACUUGGUGCUAAGCUCGAGGAAGAGACGGAAAGAGAUAUUCUCCUAGCAAGAAAUAGAAGGGAGGCCAAUGAUCGGUACUUCUCGAAGAUUGAUCAAGGAGUUCGGGAUGUUGUCGAAAAACUAGAGGAAGUGGCCGUAGCCAUGAGAAACGUAGAAGAAGAAACGCGCAAUCUUUGGGCCGACGACGCAACACCGAUAGCGCGAAACCCUGACGAUGACGCUUAUUAAUAUUUGUAUACAUUUCACGGUUAUCUGGCGUUUUGGCAGGUUACGGGUAUAAUGGUAUGUCGGAAUGGCUUCUCAUGCAUU